AUGCUUAAAAAUUUGGAUAAUCUGUCGCUUGUAAUCCACGGCCCAAACGACUUAAGACUCCAACAAAUGCCUAUUAAACAGCAUUUGGGAGAUAAUGAAUGUCUUCUCCAAACCCACAGUUGUGGGUUCUGUGGGACUGACUUGCAUUUAAUGGACGAUGGUCGGAUGGCUGACUUCGUGGUCAAAGAACCACUAGUUAUAGGACACGAAACGUCCGCUCGAGUGAUAGCCGUCGGCAAAGAUGUGACAAAUUUGAAAGUUGGAGACCGAGUGGCGGUCGAGGGAGCGAUUCCCUGCCAGAAGUGCGAGUACUGUCGGGACGGCAAAUACAACUUAUGUCCCAUUUCUAACACUCAGGCCAGAGGUUUGCCACCAAAACACGGCUGUCUUCGCCGUUAUUACACACAUCCGUCCGAUUUCUUGUUUAAACUUCCGGACAACGUUUCGUGGGAAGAGGGGGCGAUGUGUGAGCCGUUCGCCUGCAUAGUUCACGCCUGUCGUAGACUUAACAUAACCGCCGGUCAAAAUGUGUUGGUGUGCGGCGCGGGUGCGAUGGGAAUGAUGGCCUUCCUGUGCGCCAAAGCCUUUGGAGCCAAUAAAGUGUUUAUAACAGAUCUGAACAAAAGUCGCUUAGCGUUGGCCAACACAUUAGGUGUGGACAAGUCCUACGUAAUCGAUCCCAAGAACUUCAACGACUAUGAAAUGGCGCAGACUAUCAUCAAAGACAUGGGAUGUAAUCCUGAUGUUUGUAUUGAGGCGACGGGUAAUGAGACGAGCACUUCGAUGGCCAUCUAUGCGACCAAAAAUGGUGGUAAAGUGGGAAUCGUUGGUUUGGGAGGCCUUAAGAGUACCGUUCCUUUAGUUCACACCGCGAUGAGAGAAAUUGAUUUGAUCGGCGUUUGCAGUUAUCCAUUGGCCAUAUCAUUGAUUGCUUCGGGAAAAGUUAAUUUGAAGCCAUUAGUGACCCACAAAUUCCCGGUUACUGAAGCCAUCGAUGCCUUGAAAUUUAUGAAGAAGAAUGUGGAGGGAUCUCUCAAAAUUAUGGUUCAAUAUUAGAUUGUCAAUGAAAUACUCAUUUAGUUUAAUUACAGUGCAAUUAUAAUUUUAACUUUCAUAUAUUGUCUUAGAAUUCUGAGUAUUAAUAAUAUCUUAAAAUAAAAUUUGAUUA